GCUAAAACUGCAGAUGGAUGAUACGAUGAACUCCAGACCAAAUUUCACAUAAAACACCACUAUCUGUCUUCAUCAAACGUCACUGAAAAAGUGGUGAAGCAGCAGUAGCACCAUGUUGGCCCGCAAAGGUCUGCUGCCAGAUGGGUUCCUGUUGACCCGUUUGGCAGAGGAUCAGAACCAACUGAAGACUAGCCGGACCCGAGCCCAGAGAGCGCGCUUCAUCACCAAGACAGGCUCCUGCAAUGUGGCACACAGAAACAUCAGGGAGCAGGGCCGUUUCUUGCAGGAUGUGUUCACGACGAUGGUGGAUCUGAAAUGGCAGCACUCACUCCUCAUUUUCACCUCAGCGUUCCUCUGCUCUUGGAUGCUCUUUGCAAUGGUUUGGUGGCUUUUGGCAUUUGCUCACGGAGAUCUGGAACCACGCGAUCCUAACGGAGAGCCCGGCCCAGUGCCCUGUGUCACCGCUAUCCACUCAUUCACCUCUGCUUUCCUUUUCUCCAUAGAGGUCCAGGUAACAAUUGGGUUCGGUGGGCGCAUGGUGACAGAGGAGUGUCCGAUGGCGAUCACUGUCCUCAUCAUUCAGAACAUCCUGGGCCUGAUCAUAAACGCGGUGAUGCUUGGAUGUGUUUUCAUGAAGACGGCACAGGCCAACCGUCGAGCAGAGACGCUUAUCUUCUCCAGAAAUGCCGUGAUCGCUCCUCGAAACGGACGGCCCACCUUCAUGUUCAGAGUGGGAGACCUAAGGAAGAGUAUGAUCAUCUCUGCCACUAUUCAACUGCAGGUGAUUCGGCGCACAGUGACAGCUGAGGGAGAGGUGAUCCCCGUGUGCCAGCUGGACAUCCAAGUGGAGAACCCUCUGAGGUCCAAUGGGAUCUUCCUGGUGUCUCCUCUGAUCAUCAGCCACACCAUCGACCGUGGCAGCCCCCUCUACGAGAUGUCCGCCCUCAGCCUGGCCGCAGAGGACCUAGAGAUCAUCGUCAUAUUGGAAGGAGUGGUGGAGACGACUGGGAUCACCAUGCAGGCCCGCACCUCCUACACUCCCGAUGAGAUCCUGUGGGGGCGCCGUUUUGUCUCCAUCAUCACAGAAGAAGACGGGCGGUACUGCGUGGAUUACUCUAAAUUUGGGAACACAGUGCCCAUCCGAAUGCCCUCGCUGAGCGCCAAAGAGCUGGACCAGACCCGAGGGAUACAGGACAGUGCCAACGACACGCAUCUACAGGGCUGGGGUUUGGUGCGAGCAGGCAGAGGCGGGUUCAGGAGAGGCAGAGGUGGAGGAGAGAGCAUGCAGCCCUGGUAUGCUCCGGUGCAGCCCCAAGUACAAACUACACACUCUGAACACAUGCAUGGCAUUCUGAAGGACCACCAGCAGGCCGCGCUAUCUGUUCCGAAGGAGGGGGAGCCAGGGGAGCGGAGAGGGCAGAAGAAGACGGUGACGCUGGAAGUGAUUGGACGACAAAUGGAAGAGGACUCACUCGGAGAAAUCAGCGACUAAAUCAGGAUUAAAACUGGACCUAAACCAGGUCUAAGCAAGAACUAUAAGCAGGAUCAAACCAGGACUAUAUCAGGACUAAGCAAGGAAUCCAUUAACAAUAAACAAGGACUAAUCCGGGGCUAAAACUGGAUUGAACCUCGGCUAAACAGGACUAAGUAAGGACUGUACCAAAGCAGGAUAAAACCAGGACUGUAUUGGGACUAGAUUAAAGAAUAAACGAGAACUAAUUUGAGACUACACCAGAUCAAAAAUAUAACAGAACCAGGACUAAACCAGGACUAAACUAGGUCUAAGUAAGGCCGAUAAGCAGGACUAUACAAGUAUUAAAGUAGACACUGACUAAAAGAAUACACCAGUACUAGACAUGGACUAAGACAGAAUUUAACCAGGACCAUGUGAGCAAAGACUGUAAAAAACUAAACCAGCAGCUGGUUGUCCAAAAAUGGACCAUAACAGGACUUAAUCAGGCCUGAACCAGACCUGCGUUUUAUAGCCAUAUACCUCCUGUGUAUAGUAUUUAUGUGUCAUUCUCCUCUUCCUCUAAAAGUGCAUAUGGCAUCUUGCCCAGCUUUUACAUUUUUUUUCAAAUUGUGGUGACAUUAUAAUUUUAUUUCCUGGUUUUACAUGGGCAGCAGAUAUGGCACAUGAAGAGACACUUCCAGUUCUGUUACCUAGCAACAAGAUAAGGGCCAAAAAGUAAACUAUUAACUAAACUAACUACUGUCUAAAUUGAACAAUAGUUAUGAUUAGACAAAUAAAAAUAAAUGACAACACCUUUACUUUGUUAGGUGAAGGGUCAAACUGUCUGAAAAAAUACAAAAUGUAUUUAAACAGCAGAUUUUCUGGUCAGACUGUGUUAGCACCACAUCCCCCAGUGAUGAGAUCAUCUGCAAAGUUUCAACUGUUGACAUAGCUGACAUAACUGCCACUUAACUGAUGUAAAACUAUGAUAAAUAUUUUCCACAGGUACUAUCCCAGCAAAUCAAGAAAUAAUUAGAAAAACUUGAAAAUGUGGCAUAUGCCUUUUAAACCUCUUAAAACUGUUUUAAGUGUUUCCUGCGUCGUUGUCUUGUCUUAAAUGUACUGGUGAACUUUGAGUCACAUUUAUAUAUUUUUGUGUGUUCUAAUACUUAAACUUUCCAAAGCACAGUCUGUUAAUUAUGUUUAUUGUAUAAAUGUAACAGCACAACUGACUAAACCAACACCACAAAACACUGACUUAUGCUUCCCACUAUUAUGAAUGUCUGUGUAGAAAGUGAAAUAUAUUAAAUAUUUUGUAAGAACAUGU